AGUCGCGAGAAGUGCGUUGUAGAGUAAAGAUGGCUGUAAUGUGCGGUGCCCGACCGUUGCCCACUACACCUUCCCCUUCCUAUACAGGAAGAGCCUUCAUUGUCUUGGAAACCUUAGAGGAGGCUCUACAGGUGGUCGGAGACUCGGACCAGUCUCUGUUCGAGGGAGCGUUUCAGGACUGUAGUAAGGCCGGGCUGUCCGUGCCGUCCUCCUCGUGCGCCGUGGACAGCAUGGCCGGGAAGAUGUCCUUACAGGAGCCGUGGAUGUCACCUGACAGGCGCGCCCAGGACUGCAGCCGCAGCUCGGUGGAUUCCCCGCUGGACUGCAGCAUGCCGCGGGGCAACGAGCGGGCCUGUGCAGGCGGGCCGGCGGGCCGUGUGCCCACCUCGCGGGGAGAGGUCAGCCAUCCGGCCGGUGCGUCACCCUCGGGGUAUUCUGGCUUCGGCCAGGACAGGGGAACCCCGCCUCCCAACAUGACCAUCAAGGAGAAGCGUGUCAUUGUUCCUGCAGACCCGAUGAUGUGGAGCCCCGAGCACGUGCGCCAGUGGCUCCACUGGGCCAUCAAGGAGUACAACCUCCAGGGCGUGGAGCCGGCCCGGUUCGACAUGGACGGGAAGGAGCUGUGCAGGCUGCAGAGGGACGACUUCGUCAGGCUGACCAACGUGCAUAACGGAGACGUGCUCUUCGCACACCUGCUCUUCCUCAGGCAGACACCUCUCCCCAACCUGACGUCAGACGAUGUGGACAAGGCCCUGGCCGCUUCACCACGCUUCCAGCAGACUGGCUCCUGUGUGUUCUCCUACCCACCCACCUCGCAGGCCGUCCACGGCACGUCCCGGCUACAGAGGCCAGACCCUUCUUACGAGUGUUUGAUGCGGGAGAGACAGGCGGGAGUGACCAGCUGGAGCGCACUGCCGUCCUCUGCGUCUGACAAAGGGUACAACAGUUCUUCACUUCACUCCAUGAACAAGCCUGCUGUGGACACCAAUGCGCAUGCCCAGAUGAGAAACAUGCAAGACCCGUACCAGUUGUUCGGACCAAUCAGCAGUCGUCUCUGUCAGUCAGGUUCAGGCCAGAUCCAGCUGUGGCAGUUCCUCCUGGAGCUCUUGUCUGACGCCGCCAACGCCAACUGCAUCACCUGGGAGGGAACCAACGGCGAGUUCAAGAUGACGGACCCUGACGAGGUGGCGCGGCGCUGGGGGGAGCGCAAGAGCAAACCCAACAUGAACUACGACAAGCUCAGCCGCGCACUGCGCUACUACUACGACAAGAACAUCAUGACCAAAGUGCACGGCAAGAGGUACGCCUACAAGUUUGACUUCCACGGACUGGCCCAGGCCGUGCAGGCGGCUAACGGUGCCGCGCCAUCCCCCUACAAGUUCCAGUCGGACCUGGCCUACCUGUCCGGGUACGCACAUGCGCCCAAGCUCAACUUCGUGGGAGGGCCCAUCCCGUCGUCCUCUGCGAACCUGUUCGCGUCGCCAUCUUCCUACUGGUCCUCCACAGCAGCGGCCAACAUCUACCAGAACUACGGCAACGGCAUGGCCUCACACCCCGGCCACACGCUCACGUCAUACUACUCGUAGUAAUACUGUAACUUAAAAACAGGACUCUAAAGACAUGCCACAAAUACCCAGUUUUACUGGAUUAAGAUUAAUAUUAAGAUUACUGGAGAAAUGUGAGUGAUUCAGCCGAUGGGCUAUGUAAUGUGGCUUACUACUUCAUACUUCUCCGAAACCACAGUGUUUAAAUAUUAUCAUGCAGGGACAUGAACCAUUAAUCUCUUUCCUCCUUUUGUCCAGUACCUCUUCAAGAUUUGUGUGAAAUGAUAUUGUGAGACAUGGAUCAAUCAUACCGGCUUCAGUCAGCCAUUUCUUCUUUCAAUAGAAGAAUUUUGUCAAAGGAGCCAUAACAUAUAUUAAAGAACAUACUUCCAAGGCUUUAAGAUUGCUGGGAAGGUUAACAUAAAGAAAAGUACAUUCCAUGCAGUUGUUAUAAUUGUAAAGUCAUUGCAGCAUUGAUGGUGAAAUUGUUGUUGUUGUUGUUGUGACUCGGGGCAGAUUGAAGUGUUUUGCCCGUUUGUUUUCAGGGAGCCGGAGCUCUCGGUGUGCUCCAUGUAUUUUAUAUUGUUGACAUUAUAUUUGUCUUUUUAUCUUUUCCUCAAGAUUAGUGCGUUUUCCUUCCAUUCUCUUGCCAGGACCGGGAGAUGCUGUGCAUUAUGUGAUCCGGUCGUUUUAUUAUAAAUUCCACGUGCUUCAAUCCUCGUAGCUUUAUUAUAUAUAUAGGCGUGUAAGAUGUUUCAGUUUACCAUAUUUUAAAAAUCAGUUUUUAUGUAUAGUGUAGUAGCUACUUAAUCUUAUCGUAUCUAUUCUAUCAAGAGAAAUCGAUAUUUAUGCAUGUUUAUGACGAACAAGACGACAUGUAUUUUUGUACAGAUAUGAAGGCGAAAGGUGUUUGUAUCACAUGUCGACAAAACGAAUAAAACGUGUACAUAACUUAGAAA